AAGACUGCAGCAGCGCAAGGUGUUGUGCCGUGGAGGGCCAGCAGUGCUUCAGCAAAAACGAGGCGUACGCAGGCUGUAAGCCCAGCUGCGACGCAGGCCAAGCUGACCCCACAGACCCCUCCGGGGAAGUCUGGACCUGUGAUGUCCUCACCGCAGGUGAUGAAACUGGGAGUGGCCCAGUGGCCCCAGCUUCCCCAGGCGAGGGGGCGGGAACGUCGCUGUUCUGCUUCACAGUGGUGAUGCCGACAGAGGUUGAGCUUGUCAAUGCUCAGCGGGAGCGGGAAGCUGGGAUUUUCGCUUGCGAUGACGCCGCAACUUUCGACGGCAUUCCUUCACCAGUGGCACCCUGGGGUGGAGCGUAUAAUGCCGAAGCGUUCAUGAAAAUCUGGGAUCUUGUCCGCGAGGACGGCAGGUUUUCGCAAAGAGAUUGGACUGUGAAGGUCGACCCAGACACUGUGUUCUUGGCCGACCGCUUGCGCGGACGUUUGUCAGAACUCAAUGCGCCUGCUUCCUUGCCCGGCAUCUACAUUCAGAAUUGCGAGGCUGCAGGAGAAAAGUUUGGAUUCCAGGGUGCGUUCGAAGUCUUGUCACUGGCAGCAAUUCAGCAGUACCUCGCAUUUCAAGAGGACUGUGCGACAUACAAUCCUCCCGCAGAAAACGGCGAGGACGGAUGGAUGCACGCAUGUCUUGUAGCCAUUGGUGUGGGAUACAUGCAGGACUUCAAUAUUAUGAAUGACAAGUGGACAUGGCCUGACGAUUUGAAGGUAGGGGAAUGGUUGGCAGACGUUUCGUUUUGCCAGGAUAAUGAAAAGGCUGCCUUCCAUCCCCUCAAGGAGCCAGGCUUGUGGCUGCAGUGCUAUGAUCAAGCUUCGACGGCAUCAGAGGCCUUCCAAAAUCCUUUUUGA